CUUCUGCUCUUGGGCCUCCAGCUCUCCUGGCAGCAUGGCUUUCAGCGGCAAGUUCGAGACCGAGAGUGAGAAGAACUACGACGAGUUCAUGCAGCGUCUGGGGCUCCCCAGCGAUGCGAUUGAAAAGGGCCGCAACUUCAAGACCACCACGGAGGUGCAGCAGUCUGGGCAGGACUUCGUCUGGUCCCAGCUCUACCCCGGGGGCCACUCCAUCACCAACAAGCUCACCGUGGGCAAGGAAUGCGACAUGGAGACCGUCGGGGGCAAAAAGUUCAAGGCCACCGUGCGGAUGGAGGGUGGGAAGAUGGUGGUGGACUCCCCCCAUUACCACUUUACCGCGGAGAUAGUGGAUGGCAAGCUGGUGGAGAUCUCCACCUUUGGAGGCGUGACCUAUGAGCGCGUGAGCAAGAAGCUGGCCUGAGCUAGU